CUUCCAUCUCUUUUCAGAUGUUCAGUACCAUGGACUUAUUAAUGGGAGCAAAUAAAUCCUAUUUCACUUCUUCACUUAUUCCGUUCACAGUUCAUAAGCUCCAAAACACUAAAAUCAAGUUCAAUAAUCAACACGAACAGAUUUCUUCUUCUUUUUCACCACAAGAUAAACACAUAAUCAACUUAGAUGAAACCAAACAAAUUCAUGCCCACAUGAUUAAAACUCAAUAUAAUCAUAACCAUGCGAUAUCUUUUGAAUUCUUCCAGCGGCAUUCUAGCCCUGCAUCAUUGUUCAAUUUUAUCAUAACCUCCUACGUAAGGAACAACAGCCCUAUACAAGCAUUAAGAAUCUAUGCUUACAUGAGAGAAACAGACUCUGAGAUUGAUACUUUCACCAUUCCGUCAAUUCUCAAAGCUUGUAGUCAGCUGUCGUGGAGUCUUAAACAAGGCCAAGAGAUUCAUGGGUUUGUUCUGAAAGUUGGUUUAGAUUGGGAUGUCUUCGUACUCAACGCGUUGAUUCAGAUGUACACAGAGUGUUACAAUGUAGAAUCUGCUUGCAGUAUGUUUAAUAGAAUGCUUGAAAGAGAAAGAGAUGUUGUUACCUGGAGUACAAUGAUUAGAGGUUACACUAGGAGUAAAUCUUAUGGCAAAGCGUUGGAUCUUAUAAGUGAAAUGCAGUUCCUGCAGGUAAAGCCAAGUGCAGUUGCUAUGUUAAAUAUGGUGAAUCUCUUUGCUGACCUUGGAAGUCCUAAAAUGGCUAGACUUAUUCAUGCUUAUGUGGUAAAGAACAGUGACAUUAGAUCUGUGGGUGUUCCAAUUAAUACUGCUUUGCUAGAUAUGUAUGCUAAAUGCGGAAACAUAGCUCUAGCUCGAAGGCUUUUCAAUAGACUUAACCAGAAAACGGUUGUAUCUUGGUCUGCCAUGAUUGCCGGUUAUAUCAGAUGCAAUAAAUUGGAAGACGGGGUUGAACUUUUUACAAAAAUGCAGGAUGAGAACAUUCUUCCAAAUGAGAUUACGCUGCUGAGUAUAAUUCUAGAAUGUGGUUUUGUAGGAGCACUUAAAUUAGGGAAGCAAGUUCACGCUUACAUGAUCAGGAAUGGAUUUAAGGUAUCAUUCACCUUGGCCACAUCUUUAGUAGAUAUGUAUGGAAAAUGUGGUGAUAUAAAGACUGCAAGAAAAAUAUUUGACAGAACAAGCAAGAGUGAGAGAGAUGUUGCAGUGUGGACUGCCAUAAUUUCAGGAUAUGCAGCGUUAAAUUUUCUUGAUCAGGCUUUUGAACUCUUGCGCCAUAUGAGAAAUGCAGGUAUAUACCCUAAUGAAAUAACCAUGGUGAAUCUCCUUUCACUAUGUGCAGAAACAAGAGCUCUUCAUCUUGGGAAGUCAAUCCAUGCAUACAUAGAUAAGCAAGGGAUAUUAUCUGAUGUCAUAUUAACAACCACUUUGGUCGAUAUGUACGCAAAAUGUGGGGAUAUAGAUAGCGCUUGCAGGGUCUUCAGUGAAGCUUCAACUAGGGAUAUAUGCAUGUGGAAUGCCAUGAUAGGCGGAUUAGCAAUGCAUGGUCUUGGUGUGGAAGCAAUGGAUCUCUUCUCUCAGUUGCAAAGAACGGGUAUGAAACCUAAUGAUAUUACAUUUAUUGGAGCCCUGCAUGCUUGCAGUCAUGCUGGGUUGCUAUCUGAGGGACAAAGGCUUUUUGAUAGAAUGGUGGAUGAAUUUGGUAUCAACCCUAAGGUUGAACAUUAUGGUUGUAUGGUGGAUCUUCUAGGCAGAGCUGGAAAACUCGAUCAGGCACUUGAAAUGAUUAACAGAAUGCCCAUUGAUCCCAACACUGUAGUGUGGGGGAGCCUGCUUGCUGCCUGUAAACAGCAUAAAAAUCUUCAGCUGGGGGAAAUAGCAGCUAAACGGCUUCUUGAAAUGGAUCCAAAUAACUGUGGCUAUAAUGUACUCAUGUCAAAUAUCUAUGCAGCAGCAAAUAGAUGGAAUGAUGUUGCUGGGGUGAGAAAAACCAUGAAAGCUACCGGAAUUAAGAAGGCACCAGGGUUUAGCUCAAUGGAAGUGAAUGGUUAUAUUCAUGAGUUCAUAAUGGGAGACCAGUCUCACCCACAAAUUAAAGAAAUACUUGAGAAAUUAGUCGAGAUGGGCAAGAAACUGAAAUUAGCUGGUCACGUACCAAACACAUCAGCUGUAUUGUUAAAUGUAGAUGAGGAAGAGAAAGAAACAUCACUUACUUAUCAUAGCGAGAAAUUGGCAAUGGCUUUUGGCCUCAUUAGCACGGCUUCAAACACUCCAAUUCGCAUAGUAAAGAAUCUACGUGUUUGUGAUGAUUGUCAUUCUGCAACAAAGCUUCUAUCCAAGAUUUACAGAAGAAUGAUAAUUGUCAGAGACCGUAAUCGCUUCCACCACUUCAGUGAAGGAUCUUGUUCUUGUGGAGAUUAUUGGUAGCGCACGGAUAUACAAAUUAUAUAAA